CAAAAUAGAUAGUAAAAUGAAAGCACAAAUAAACUGUUAUUAUUUUUGGGCAUUUUGUGACCAAAAAAGUGCAAAUUAGUUGAUUUUCGGUGAUUUACCAUCAAUUGGCACACAAGAAGUGAUCGCAACAGACAAUGGACGACAGCAACGAAGCCGAAGCCCCUGUUGAGCAACAAAGCGAUGACUUAGUGAUCGCCGAAGCGGUGGAAGUGAUGCUAACGAUGUAUUCGUGUCGGUUCUGCGCCAAGAGAUUUGAUACCAUCGACAAAGUGAAGACUCAUUUCCUUAAGAGACACAGCAAUACUUUGGAUAAGAGUGGAAAGAAAGACGAUUCCAAUGAUGAACAGUCGGAAGGUCUUCAGAAUGACUCAAAUGUGGAGCAAAUGAAUGCACAAAAUGAAGACAAUGAGAAUGAAGGCGAGGAGGAGAUGGAAGACAAUAGAGAAGUGAAUGAAGAGAAUGAAGAGGAGAAGAAUGAGGACAAGAAGACAACUGUUGUUAUAAAACAGCAGAAGAAUAACAGAAUUAACAGAAGUAAAGUGAAAAUGAUUGAAACCGAGCGCUCCAUUCAAACCAGAAACAGACUUAAGAGAGAACUUCCCUCCAAUUUGGAGCUUAAGAUUGUUAGACCCGAUGCCGGAGCCGGCGAUUUACCCCCAAAGAGAGGUCGACCCAAGAAGUAUGAGUUGAGACAAGCGGUGAGCACACAGCUAAAGAAUGCCACCCGUCGUUAUCCAUGUCCUUUCGAUGGCUGUGAAUAUGUGGCCAAAUAUCGGUCCAAUUUAUGGGAUCAUAAGAAACUGCACACCGGAGAGAAGCCCUACCGGUGUAAUUGGCCCUCUUGUGAGAUGCGGUUCCCUCAGUCACAGCAAUUGAAGCUCCAUUUGAGAAGCCAUACCGGAGAGAAACCCUAUGCUUGCAAUUGGCCCGGUUGCGAGCAGUCGUUUAGCCAAAAACCUGGUCUGAAGUCCCAUAUGAGAACGCAUACGGGAGAGAAACCUUAUAUGUGCGAUUGGCCGGGAUGUGAGUGGAAAUUCAGACUUAAGGGAGCCCUCACUGACCACAAGAAGGCCGUACACGAGGGCGUGAAGGCUUUCCUAUGUGAGUGGCCCGGCUGUAAUAAGAAGUUCUUACAGUCGUGUCAUUUGCGUAAGCAUAUGAUGGCUCACGCGGACAUCAAGCCAUUUGUGUGCGAUUGGCCCAACUGUUCAUAUAAAGCGGUUUCCAUGAGUUAUGUGACUAAUCAUAAAAAGCAUAUGAUGGCUCACGCGGACAUCAAGCCAUUUGUGUGCGAUUGGCCCAACUGUUCAUAUAAAGCGGUUUCCAUGAGUUAUGUGACUAAUCAUAAAAAGACUCAUACGGGAGAGAAGAACUUCGAGUGCGGAUACAACGGCUGUAAUAAGCGGUUUGUGAAGUCGAGUCACGUGAACCGACACCAACAGAAAUGUCAUCCGGAAAUGAUGGGCCAAACCAUCAUCGACUCGAAUGAAGACGUCGAGGUCUAUAACAUCAGUACAAUCGAGAUAUGAUUGUCUCUCACUCUUCACUUGAUUUUUAUUUGUUUCAAAUCAAAACUUAUAUAAAUUGUAAUCCACUCUAGAAAUAAUUGGCUUCAAUUUUAUUUAUCAAUCAAAACUCAUUACACUUUAAUUUGAUAUUUUACUCAAUUUCUGAAUAUAUUAUCAUUUUAUCAUUUGUAUUAUAAUAAGUAACUAUACUGUACUGUACUGUACUUUAACCGAUUGAAACUACUGG